AUGCAAAGUGUUAAAAGCUAUUUUUCAACAUGGAAACCUUUUUGGAAAAAAACAUCAUCAUCAGAGAAUCAUCAAAAUAAUUAUCGUACAUUAACAUUGUCACCAUCGACAGUUAAUUUUACAAAUUCAAGUUUAGGUGAUUUAAAACAUUCGAUUAUUGAUGAAAAAUUAAUGAUUGAUAUUUCAACAAAAUUAAUGGAAAGUGAUUGUCCACCAAAAUUACAAGUGGUAGAAAAUAAUCAUCAAUGGUUUGCACUCAAUAAUAGUCAUUUACUUGUUUAUAGACAAUUAGAACGAAUUGGUCUAUGUGAUAAAGUUGUUUGUGAUAUCAUACCGAGUCAAAAUAUUCCAGAAGGUAUACGAGAAACAUUAACUAAUCAUAAUAACAGCAGUAAUCCAUUUAUAAAACGACUAUUACAUACAACGUCAUCUUCGACAACAACACCUAUAACAUCUCAUAAUUAUCAUCAAAUCAAUGAGAGAAAUACUGUACACGGACAAUGUGAACAAUAUGUUCUUAUGGAUGAUUUGGAUGGAGAACAACAAGAUGAAAUUUUGUAUUAUGCUGAUAUACCAACAGAUUCUUGUGCAUAUUUACAAGAUGAACAAUGUGAUUGUGAUGGAACAUAUGAUAGCGAUUCUGAAACACGUAGUGAACAAACGGAUGAAAAUUAUGGAGAAUGGCAAAGAAGUUCUGCAAUAUCAACAACUAGCAAUAAUAAUAAUGAAUUGGAACAAAGUGAUGAUGAUGAUAAAGAAAAAGAAAUGCAAAGUUUAUUAUAA